AUGAGGCGAAAAGUUCAAAGGUCCUUGAACCAGGUCAUCAUUUUCUGUGCUAUCCUCAUUCUGAUUCUCUACCUUAACCGCUCUGAGUACAAGGAUAAAAUCUAUGCAUGGACGAAGAUCCGAUAUCAGACUACUGCAGCCUCUCUCCCUAGGACGCAAGGGGUUUGCCCGAACCUCUCGAAAGCCCAGAAGCCCGCUCUAGUGGUAUCGCAUGUUGAAGCAGAUGGCGACUCAGGCUGGCUCGAGAUGUUAGCCGAUCGCUACCAUCUCUGUAUCUACAAUGUCGAUGCUCCACCCGACAUAACUUCGGAGUACCUCCAGGUACCCGCAAACCGCGGGCACGAGGCAAUGGCGUAUCUGACAUUCCUGAUUGAUAACUACGACAACAUUCCCGCCGCUGGGGCAGUCUUCGUCCAUGGGUCUCGUUGGGCCUGGCAUAACGACGCACCAGACUAUGACAAUGCUGCCCUGCUGGCCGCCCUUAACAUUGAUCGAGCUCUCGAGCCGUCGGGCUACCACAACCUGCGCUGCGAUUGGAGCACCAGCACAUGCCUACCCUCCGCUCCGGCACAGGGUAGUUUCGAGAUGCGUCUGCAGUCAACUAUAUCACCGUGGAGCGCGCGCGCUGCGUCCGAUAUCGCUCUGCCAAGGGCAUUCGCCUCGCUCUUCGGCGGGGAUGAAGGGCAGGAUGCCUCGACGCACAGCGCGGUGCAACUAUGGCUUGGACGCACAGAGACUGUGCGAUCGCAGUGCUGCGCGCAAUUCAUCGUCUCACGGGAGCGGAUCUGGCAGCACACACGCGAGGAGUACGUGGCCCUGCGACAAUGGCUGCUGGACGGGAGUGAUGAUGGAGCGUCACGACGCUCGCGAAACGUUAAGUCCAAAUCCGCGCCCGCGGAUGACCGAGUUGCGGGCCGGAUUGUGUCAUAUAUGUGGCAUAUUCUUUUUGCGACGCAGAGGGCGGAUGGACAGAUCGAUCUGGAACAGCUUAAUAAAGAAGCAUGUCCGAGUGCGCAGGAUUGCUACUGUCGGCUAUAUGGCCGUUGUGACCUGCAAUGUCCAAAUCCUGGAACAUGUAAGGGACAGUACAAGGUCCCGCCUUACUAUCGACUUCCUGAUGAUUGGGAAGCGACUCAUUUAUAG